AUGGCGGCGCCCUCAGGGCGGCAAGUGGCCGUGGCCUUGGGCGCGCUCAGCAGCGGUUGCGUUGGGGCCUUUGUGGUGACCCAGCUGUUUGCGUCGCCUCCACCGCCAAAGCCAUGUCCGUCAGAAAAGGCCCGCAAAGAGACGUUCGACAACCUGGCCAAGCGAUGGGACGUCACGGUGCGUUCCGACGAAUUCCUUGCCGGACUCGGCAGGAUGAGAAGGCAGUUGAUCCAGCGUGCCUCUGGCCACGUCCUCGAGGUCGCCGUCGGCAGUGGACGAAACUUCUCGUACUACAAUGCUGGGAAGGUGACGAGCCUCACAGCAAUGGACUUCAGCAGAGAGAUGUUGGAGGUUGCCGGAGAGAAACGGAAGGAACUUGAGCCCAUUCCCCUCCGGCUGAAGCUGGCCAGCAUACAUCAGAUGGACUUCAAGGACGGCUCCUUCGACACCAUCGUGGACACCUUUGGUAUCUGCUCUUUUGAGCAGCCGGUCCAGGCAUUGAAAGAGAUGCGACGGGUAGUCAAAGACGAUGGCCAGGUCCUCCUCUUGGAGCACGGUGCAUCCCAGUGGGAGUUCGUGCAGAGUAUGCUGAACCGCGGCAUACAUCGGCAUGUGGAAAGAUACGGGUGCUAUGCAAACCGUGAUAUCGCCAAGCUUGUAAAAGAAGCUGGGCUUCACAUUGCUUUGGAUGAGAGGGCCCACUUUGGAACCACCUACAAGCUGGUGUGCACCAAAACGCCUCUAAAACAGGACGGCAUUGGUUGCCUGCUGCGCGUGAAGAUGUCUCGUUUGCCCAUGCAGCCUGGAGCAGGACGACGCAGAAUGAGCCUUAAACUUCUGCAUAGCAGCGCAACGCAUAGGGUAGAGGUGACUGGCCAGGCCUGGCUGAAAGUGUCAUUCGGCUCCUCGUGGCUGCGCGGCGCACACAAAAGAGUUGCUCGUGGAAUGGGGGUCUGA